CCCUAUAAAGAUUGACCGCUACGGCUUCACGUAGUUUCAUGACGUCAUCAUCCACUUCAUCUGAUUUUGCGCGGAAAGAUAGCGGUUGGGCGCAAUAAUGGCGAUAUCAGCAGGGGACCUCCGUUAUGUUCUACUAGAAUGGACUGAGGGUGAGGACGGAGGGGCGCAUAGUAUUUUGCCCAUCGACUGUGUCCGAAAUUUUUCAUUUAAAGAAUUUCUUAAGAGGAAGGAAAAAACUGAGAAGCUGGUGGAAUGGAGAAAAGGCAGCCAACCGUGGCCGGUGCACCGAGCCAGAAUUAUUGAAGUGGCAAAAUUUGAAAAAACUCUCAAAAUCAAACUGCGUGAGAUCGAGAUGGAGAAAGAAGACACACAAGGGCAAACAAAACGUCCUCACAUCCCAAAUUCUAAGUACAGUGACCAGCAGGGGCUAACUGAGAAGGCUUCAAAGAAAAAGGUUGACAAUCAAAAGGGAGGGGCUUCCAAAUCAAAGCACCAGGAGGGUGAGAAGCAGGAGGGUCAUGACAUACUUUCAAAGAACAAGCAGGAGAAGGUGGCGGAGGAGGAGGAGGAGGAGGAGGAGGAAGAGGAGGAGGGUGUGGAGGAGGAGCCGCUUGAUUACAGCUCUUCAAAGAACAAGCGGGCCAGCGAAGAGAAAGAGUGUAUUUGGGACGAAGAGGACAUAAUACCACCCUCUAAGAAAAAGACAGCUGCUGAAGUUAGAAAACACCUGGACGAACAGAUGUGGGAGAAAAGAAAAUUCGACCAAAUGCAAAGAAAUUUGCAGGAGUUGAGGAAUGAACUCCAAACUCUUAAAAAGGAAAAUGAACGUCUGAAAGACAUUAUCAUCAAUCAUAUCCCUCAAAUUCAGAGUGACCUCUCCAUUAUUGCUCAAAAGACUGGAAGGACUCCUGUGGAAGAUCUUGAUUCCUCCUUGACUUUUGUGCAACCGAUUCCAGAAAGGAGAUUGAGCACAGAGGAGACCGAGCCCUUUAAAAAGAGUCAUAUGGUGACUGAGCUCGUUGGAGAAACAUCCCAGACUGCAUCAAGAGCUGAGACCUCAGCAAAAACACAGAUUGAAGUUAUAAAGGGCUCUGGAGUGUUUUGCUGGGCAGAAGCAUGGAAAGCAGCCCGCCUUGCCACCUCUGCUACUGCCAUGGUGCGGAAUCUGCUGCUGGGCACCUUUGACCUGGAGACUUUGCUGAAAAGCAACCUAAAUGGUGGGAAGCCAACCAGAGGGGAUGGGGAGCAGCUGGUCGCCCUUGACCAAAUUAAAAAGGCAGCCAUUAAUGCAUACUUGUAUCAAUGUUUAUUAGGCAUCAACAUAGACUGUAUAAGAUGCUACAUUGAAGAAGUGGCCAGCAGUCAGCCGAGGGCAGCUAGGCACAUCUAUUAAUUCAAAGCUCACAGAGCUGAGAAGAUCUACAAUAUAAUUUCUUGGGGGGUAUUUCUGUUACUUUUUUUGUUCUUGUACUUUGAUUGUUCUUAAGUUAAUAAAUAAUGUUAAAUUUCUGCA